UCACGCCGUGCACAGUUGAAAUUUUCAAAGCUGGAAAACUAAAACGAUCGAAGUGUUUAAAGCGUUUCAAAUCGCGCAAAAGGCGUAACUAAAGCUGCGUUAAGUGCAACGUUUUAAAAUAUGUUCGUUCAACUGUGCUAACAAUAUGCUGCGAUUUGUUGGCUGUUUGAUUUGCCUAUGCUGGCAAGCAAAUUUUAUAUAUGCGGAUAUAGCCAAGUAUGCUGACUCAAUUAUAGAAGAUGCGCGUCUAAGAUCGCCCGAGCUUAUAAGGAAAUAUGGUUAUCCAGUGGAGCUGCAUAGCAUAAAUGCUAAGGAUGGUUUUCAGCUGACAGCGCAUCGCAUACCCAAGCCAGGCGCACAGCCUGUGCUGCUGGUGCAUGGCCUGGAGGACAGCUCCAGCGGCUGGUUAUUGCUGGGGCCCAAUACGUCGUUUGCCUAUUUGCUAAGUGAUCGCGGCUAUGAUGUUUGGCUGCUCAACACGCGUGGCAAUCGCUACUCACGCAAACAUAGCAAAUAUCAUUUAUUGAAUCCACAGUUUUGGGACUUUUCAUUUCAUCAGCUUGGCAUUUAUGAUCUGCCUGCCACUAUUGACUAUAUAAUAGCUAAUACCAACUUCAAGCAGCUGCAUUAUGUGGGUCAUUCCCAGGGCACCACUUCCUUCUUUGUCAUGGGCAGCGAGCGUCCUGCAUAUAUGAAAAAGAUUCUGCUGAUGCAGGCUCUGGCGCCUGUGGCUUACUGGAAUAACAUAGAUAAUCCUUAUUACCUAUUGGUGGCGCCUUAUAUAAAUGCUCUUGUGCGCCUUUUCCACUCCGUGGGCAUACACGAGCUGCCACCGGAGAAUGAAGUCUGGAGAGAGUUGGCCUAUCAGCUUUGCAGCUUUGCCUUCAAGAACACCUGCACCUAUAUUGUCAUGGAGCUUAUGGGCUGGGACUUAAAUCAGUUCAAUGAUACCGCCAUACCGCUGAUAUUGGGUCAUUAUCCUGCAGGCUCCUCAGUCAAAUCGUUUGGACACUAUGGUCAGACUAUACACAGAAAAGAAUUCGCCAAAUACGACUACGGCCCUUUACAGAAUCGCAAGCUCUAUGGCAGCGAUACGCCGCCUAAAUAUAAACUGGGCAAUGUGGACUGCAAGGUUGCUUUGUAUUAUGGCAAUAACGAUUACUUAGCCGCUGUUAAGGAUGUGCAGCGCUUGAGUCGUGAGCUGGGCAAUGUGGUGCAUGAUGAGCUGCUGGCCUAUAAGAAAUUCAAUCAUUUGGACUUUGUUUUUGGCAAAGAUGUUAAGAAGUUGCUCUACAAUAGCAUGUUUGAGGUUAUGGCGAAAGUGGAGAGUGGACUGCUGACAAAUGAAAAUAAAUCUAUGGGCACUAUAGUUACAACGCGACCAAAAUUAAACAAAGGCACAACGAAUUACAGAAGUUAUCUAACAUUAAAGUAGCAUAAGCUAUAUUUAAGUAUU